UAUUUCACAGUACAAAAAGUUUUCAAAACAAAUUUAAAGUGUAUUUUUUUUUGUUGCUGAUUAUUUUAAUUAAUAAACAUGUCAAAGAACGAAGAAACAGUAAAAACAGAAAAGGAAUUGGAUUGUGGCAAUGCCAGCCGUGGAGUGUGGCUAGUUAAAGUUCCAAAAUAUAUAGCAAAGAAGUGGGAAAAAGCAACAGGAGAUAUUGAGGUCGGAAAGCUGAAGAUCGUGAAAUAUCCAGGACAGAAAUCACAGGUCUCAUUGUCAUUAUCAGAAGCGACAUUGAAAAUAGAUCCAGAACAAGAUAUCCCUAAAGAGCACAGAUUCGAUGUUUUGGCUGUGAAGCAACAAGCUCUUGGAGUCUUUAGUCAGCAUAUAGAUAGUGAUAGAUCAGAUAAGAUUUACAUGGAAGGAACUAUCGUCGAGAAGCUUGAAUGUCGUCCAUAUGCUGAUCAAACAUACAUGACAAUGAAGGCUAAUUCGAUUAAAAAUGCAUCGAUGCCUAAACGACGAGUCGAGCAAUUGGAUAGUGUUGUCACAACAUUCAAGCCUAUUUCCGAUCAUAAGCACAAUAUCGAGUACGAAAAGAAGAAGAAGAGUGACGGUAAGAAAUCCCGAACAGACAAGCAAGCAGUUAUGGAUAUGCUGUUUAAUGCAUUCGAGAAACAUCAGUUUUAUAACAUUAGAGAUCUCGUUCAGCUUACGAACCAGCCCAUUUCAUAUCUCAAAGAGAUUCUCAAAGAAAUCUGCGAAUAUAGUGUUAAGAAUCCUCACAAAAAUACAUGGCACUUAAAGCCUGAAUAUAGGCAUUAUUCUGAGGAUAAGAAGGAUAAGGCAGAAACUAAAUCCACAAAAGAUGAUGAUAAAAUGAGUGAUAGUGACGAUGAUGAUUUUUAGAGGAAUUAAAAGAGAAUGUUUGAA